AUGAAUAGUAGUGAAUACCUGAAAUCAUAUGGGUGGGAAGAAGGUGAAGCCCUAAAGGAAGGUGGUCUAAAGAAACCCAUCCUGGUGAAACAUAAGAGAGAUAAAAAAGGUUUAGGUUCUGCUCCAGGUGGAGAUGAUAGUGAAGCAUGGUGGGAGAGGUUAUUUGAUGGACAUCUUAAGAACCUGGAAGUAACUUCUGGCUCUAAAAAGGGUGGACUUAUCUUUAAACAAAAUAAAGUAGUGGCAACGGCAGUAUCUAAACAAAGUUCGCCGUUAUAUCAAUGGUUUGUUAAAGGGGAGGGUUUAAAGGGAACAAUAAAAGAGAAGGAGACUACUAUAUGUGUCGAACAAACUGUUGUGUCGAAUAUAUCGAGAUCUAAGAAGAGAUCAAGAUCUGAUGGUGAUAAAGAAAAACACAAGCAUAAGCAUAAGAAAUUAAAAGUUAGCAAAAAAUCGAAAAAGUCUAAAGAUAUAAAGACUAACGACAAGAAAUCUAAAGAUAAGAAAUCUAAGCAUAAAAAAUCUAAGGAUAAGAAAUCAAAGGAUAAAGAUCAUAAGCAUAAAAGAUCCAAGGAUAAAAACUACAAUGAAAAGAAACCGAAAGACAAGAUAUAA